CGUACUACACUCUGAAAACAAAAUGGCGACAGCAGAUGUGAUAACAACAAUCAUAAGAAGAAAUAGGCCGGGAACCAAGGCUGCUGACAUGUAUGGCUGGCCUGACGAGCCAUUUGAGGAGAUGGAUAGUACGUUAGCAGUACAACAGUAUAUUCAGCAACAGAUCCGAGCAGAUUACACAAAUAUAGAGGCAAUUUUAGAGUCACCUGAGGGCCAAGAUGAAGGAGUAUGGAAAUAUGAACAUCUGAGGCAGUUUUGUAUGGAACUUAAUGGAUUAGCUGUCAGACUUCAGUCUGACUGUACUCCCACAACUUGUACACAGAUGACUGCCACAGAGCAGUGGAUAUUCCUAUGUGCUGCACACAAAACCCCCAGAGAGUGUCCAGCUAUUGAUUACACACGACAUACUCUGGAUGGUGCAGCAUCUUUGCUGAACAGCAACAAGUACUUUCCAAGCAGAGUAAGCAUCAAGGAAUCUUCUGUGGCUAAACUGGGAUCAGUUUGCCGGCGUGUUUACCGGAUAUUUUCACAUGCUUACUUUCACCAUAGGAGCAUUUACGAUGAGUUUGAGAACGAGACUCUCCUGUGCAAAAGGUUUACAACGUAUGUUCUAAAGUACGAUUUGAUGGCAAAAGAGAACCUUAUUGUACCCAUGGAUGAGACACAGUCACCUCCACUCCCACCCCCAUCCCCUGAGGAUUCCACAGAUGAAACUGCAAUGGACAGUGAAACGUGAAUGAUGAAACAAAAGUUUGAAAGCCAUUGGAAAUUAACUUAAGUCAGUGAAAAUGGCGGUCUGAACUGCUUUUCACCUUAAACAGCUUUAUUAACUCCUAAAUGCUCCCCGCCACUGGGAAAGAAAAACCUUAACGCAGGCAAAUGUUUGAAGGAUAUUGAGUUGGUUGAAGAUUUUAGCAAGCAAAAUCGUUCGCCAUUGAAGGAAAAUUGCAAAAGACCUAUUAUUUGUUGUAAACGGAACUUCCCAUCAGUGAUAGCUGCGCUACUCAAAUAAUUCUCUCUUUUUUCCUUUACUUGUUUGAGGUGUGUUAGACAGAGUUUUUAUGUAACAGCCUUUUUAGGAUCGAGAUUUCGAUUCUAACGACUUGUCAUUAACUUUUAUUAAUUUUUCCCUUGAAGUGGGCCUUGACGUGUUUAAAAUAACCCGUGAAGGUUUUUUGUUUUUUUAAACAGUGAUUUUAUUUGACUGUCUCGUCAAUGUAAUACAAUGUGACAGUGAAAUUUCUUACAAGAUUUCUCAUUAAUAGCUUACAGCAACGGAAUUUUUUUUCCACGAAUUAAUGCUCUUGAACACAUUUCGUAUUCUUAAGUUAGGUAAAAAAAAAAUUAACUGAAGGAUUUCCUCCUUGCCUUUUUCGGUAUUUGCAUUUAGAUAUUAUUUUAUCCUCAAAUUAUUAGGAAGGGAGAGUUACAAUGAGGCUUUGACUCAGCGUCGCUAUACUUUAUCCAGCAUGUUGUCAUAUAUUUUUAUCUAUUUCUUUCUUAGAAAGACUUUUCUUUGUCAGUGAAUAAGCAACGCCAGGGGAAACAUCAUCUUGAUGAGAGAGGCUGGUUUGCUUCUUUUCUCCAUUCUGCAUUGUACUUUUCCUUUUCAUUCUUUGCAUGAUUAUUGCAUAAAGACACAUGGCGUCUGGCUAUGAAAGCUGCGACUGCUCUCUUGUUUUAGUUCUUUUUGCAAAUAUCUGAGAGGAAACAAUUCAGAGUAUUAGUCAGGUUAGACGCUACAAGCAGUUUUUGAUUGAGUGCCCAUAAUAAUCCGGUAGUCCAUUAGGUUUAUCUCCCGUUGCCCUGUGAUUGGCCCCCCAAAAAAAACGUCGUCCUCUCAACCAAUGAGAACAACUAAACUAAAUCCAAUUGCGACCAAUCGCAACUUGGUCUCCCGCGUUUUCGCGCGCUUUCGUAGUUUGUUUGAUUUUGCUUUAUCAUCGUCGUCUUGUGGAAUUUUCGUAGAAUCUGAUUUUCUCCCGCUAUUACGUUAGUUUUUGGUUACUUCGCUCAAACGGAAAGCGGUCUCUUUCUGAAGGAGUGUCACAAGUUCACAGGAUCAGACCUAGCUAACUCUCAGGAAAGGUAAACGUCAUGUGCAUUUUUGUUUGUUUGUUUGUUAGUUUUUUUGCUUUGUUUUGCCUCUAUAGGAGGCACUUACAGAAUAGGAGUAUUAAUUUACUAUUGUCCAUCUUAAUACAGAUUGAAGUCUUCGUACUUAGCUACCAAACACAUUUACCAGAGCAAAUUGCACAGAGACUGUCCGCCAUUAUAUCUGCAGUUAGUAGACAACGUUACUUUUCUUGUAUGUCCCAACCUGUAAACACUCUCUUACUACAGGAUAGUGUCUCAAGGUAUGAGGAUUAAACCCUAGUAACAACUUCAUCAAGAGCCCGUCGUGUAGAUUUUGUCUUUUCCAAGAGAUGCACUGAUGUAGCUCUCAAAGGCCGGGAGCGCCCAGGCAACAGGAAUGCAAAGUCACUAUUUUCCAAUUUACAACAUUUCAAAGUCCAAAUUCAGUAAUCUAAGAGCAGUCGCUUUAUUUAAGCGAAGUCUUUCGCGCGAGUAAAAAAAAUCUGUCAAAAAAAUUACAAAAGUUGAUGUUAACACGCAGUGCGGAACUUUGGAAUUAAUGCUAAUGCCCUGUGCGCCAACAUUGAUUUUUUCACUAACUUUUUUUACUCGAACAACAUAAUAGACUUUUGGUCUAUUUGAUAUAUAUAUAUAUAUUAUUGUACAGCGCUUUUGAAUAUUGACCAAUAGUUAAUGCGCUCUAUAAAUUUAUUAUUAUUAUUAUUAUUAAUAUUCACCGAAAAGGAGACACUGCUCGUAGUCUAAUUAGCAACGCGAACGACUUGCUCUGAAAGGGUCUCUCUUAUUAGAUUACCAUGAUACUUUUUUCUCGUUUGGGUGCAUUUAAUUCAUUGCCAGUAUUGAUCUCUGUUAUGUUACGAUGUGGGUUUCGAAAAUUGGUUGUGGGAUAGAAAUAAAUGCAUGUAAGAAAGAAGUUGAAUUACUGUAAAACAAAUGUAAAAUGCACCAUGUACGAAUUAAUUCAAAUUGAACUACUCAGUGGUAGUCUGCACAAGAAGGAAAUUCAACACCAUUUGCAGCUUUUAAUAUUUGUUUGCUCAGUUGAAAAGGCUUGUGAGACUUCGAAUCAUCAUUGCCUCUUUCCCCUUCGGAAAUUGCAAUCAUUAGACGUGAGGCGGGAUGCUAGACUAGAAGAUUCCUUACAUCAUCUCGGCUAUUCUGUGUGCGCCGCUUAUUCUUCACUGAGCUUUCUUUUCAUCGAGAAGAAAGGUCAUCGACAUCAAACGCCUUACCACCACUGCAUGUUUACCUUAUUUUCAAAGUACUGACUUCAUAUCUCGAUAAAACAUGAUAGCCGAUUUUGUCUUGUUUGUCAAUUUGUGUUUUCUCGCUUUUCUUACCUUGGAGAUGCGAUAUAAUUUUCUCCGUUGUUUCAAGUGGCAGUUGAGCCUUUUGCCACCAAGAAUUUAAACUGCCCAUCUAAUUUCUUGUUGAACUUGAAUUGUAAGGGAUAUCGCUACGCUAUUUUCGAAAGUGCAUCGUUUAGCCUGUAGCUCGAGUCCAGGCGUUUAUUUUCUUAGUAAAUUUAAUGAAA